GGGGGCAUUUUUCUUUUUAUUUAUUUAUUUUUUGGAGAUGCAAAUGAAAAGUGAAUAUGGCGCAGUUAAAAGCAGCUCCCUACAGUCUUCACCCAAUCUUGUGGCACCUAUUUUUCUUUUUAUCUUUAAAUAGAAACAACAAUAAUGUAUUGUGGUGGUAUAUGAAAAAGUAAAUUUUGGGAACAAAAUAUCGUGAUUUUUUUUUUCCAUACUAAAUACUGCAAAAUGCGUCCUUGGCCACAAGAAGUCACCGAACAUGCAUAUCUGUCUAUAAGAGCUUGAAGUUCACUUCUUGGGCUUUGGCUAUCUCCCAAACAUAUUCCUGAAUUGCGACUAAUUAGUUAAUUAAUCAUGCCGAACUAUCUCUUCGGUAAAGUUUCUGAUCAAUCCUGCGGCAGCUGGUCAUGGUGCUGCUGCUGUAAUGGACUGGCUGAGCACACCAUCAUCAGAACAGCAGCAACUCUUUUGGCAGCCGCACUAACUAUUGCCUGUUGUGCACUGUGGGUUAAGAAAUUCAAUAAAAACAUGCCGCCCUUGCCACCAGGUCCUCCAGGCUUGCCUAUACUAGGAAACCUUCCUUUCCUCCAACCUGAUUUGCAUCAAUAUUUCUCCAAACUGGCUCAAAUCUAUGGCCCCGUUAUCAAACUUCGGCUGGGAAGCAAUAUCUGCAUAGUUAUAAACUCAGCUUCAGUUGCCAAAGAGGUCCUAAAGGAUCAUGAUGCAAUCUUUGCCAACCGUGACAUUCCCACAGCAGCUAUAAUCGCCACGUAUGGUGGAUCUGACGUGGCAUGGAGACCUAAUGACCCCGAAUGGCGUAAGCUGCGUAAGCUUAUUGUUCGAGAAAUUUUGAGCAACACAAGCCUUGAUGGUUGUUAUGCGCUGCGUCGACGAGAGGUUCGAGAAAUGGUGAAGGAUAUUUACGGGAAAGUUGGCUCAUCACCGGUUAACAUUGGUGACCAAAUGUUCCUUACCAUUUUAAAUGUGAUAACAAGCAUGGUGUGGGGUGGUUCACUGCACGGAGAGGAAAGAAACAGGCUUGGCAUUGAGUUUAGGCAAGUAGUUGUCGAGUUGGUUGAGUUGCUAGGAGUACCUAACAUUUCUGAAUUUUUUCCUUUUCUCACCCGUUUCGAUUUACAAGGAGUUCAAUCAAGAAUGAAGAAGGUUUCGGCUUGGUUCGAUGAGAUUUUAGAAUCAGUGAUAGCACAGCGAGCAGAGGUUGAACAACCCAAGGGAGAGACCAAGGAUUUUCUGCAGUUGUUGUUGGAGUUGAAUCAACAAGGAGAUUGUAAAUCCUCAUUAUCCAUGAAUGAAGUUAAGGCUUUGGUGAUGGAUAUAAUUAUCGCCGGCACGGACACAACAUCCACAACUGUAGAGUGGAUAAUGACAGAGUUACUACGGCAUCCAGAUAAAAUGAGAAAAGCUGUUGAGGAAUUGGACAGCGUGGUUGGAGACCAGAACAAUAUUGUAGAAGAGUCUCAUCUUCCUCAACUAGUCUAUUUAGAUGCAGUAAUAAAGGAAACACUUCGGUGUCAUCCGCCUAUUCCUCUGCUAGUACCUCGUAGUCCCAGCAUGAGCUGCACCGUGGCUGGAUAUACCAUCCCUAAAGAUUCAAGAGUUUUAUUUAAUGCAUGGGCGAUACAAAGGGACCCUGAGUUUUGGGAAGAUCCGCUUCAAUUUGAACCUGAGAGAUUCUUGAAAGAUACUGAGAGAAGGAACUAUCUGGGAAAUAAUUUCCACUUUCUUCCAUUUGGAUCAGGGAGGAGAAUUUGUGUCGGUAUUGCCAUGGCAGAAAGAAUGAUGAUGCACGUCUUGGCUGUCCUGCUGCAUUCUUUUGAAUGGAAAUUGCCGGAGGGAAAAAAACCUGAUACACAGGAGAAGUUUGGAAUAGUUUUGAAGAAAAUGGAUCCACUGGUUAUGAUCCCCGUUGCGCGACUUUCUUAUUUAGAGCAGUACCAAUAAGAUUAUGUAAUCUUAUUGUAGUAUUUUCCUUUGCUACAAAAUGUAUGAACAUCGCGUUACUUUAUUCGCUUUUGCUCCUUAAGAAAUGACAAGGUGCACGCUUUGAUAUCUUUGAAUAUUGAAUAAUGUAUACAAGUACUCCAUCUGGAAGGCCGGAUUAUAUGAAAUUCCAGUUCUCUUGAUGUAUUUCUGUUAUAGGUCGCUGUGGUGCACAUGCAGCAGCACAAAAAUCAUGAAGUUCCUCAACUUCAUUCUGUAGCUUUUUAUUUUCUCUGCCUUUUCAUAUUGAAUGCAAUUUCGUCUAUUGAUAUGGAAUGUAUCUACCAUAUGAGAUUCUAAAUUUACAGUAAUAGCUUCUUCUUGUUGUUCAUAUCUACCAUCUAUGCUUUUAGAGAAAUAUUGAAUGCUUUGGGAGAAAAUUCGGCGCCCACUAGUGAACGACGAUUGUGUACGACAGGCAGUAUGAGGGCCUGAUGUUGAGAGUUGGGUUAGGGUAACCGGAUGGAAACUUAGGUUAGUCAGAGUGUAAGAGUUUUAAAAGGGUGUGGGUGAAGAAGAAAUGAAAAUUUUCAACGUUAAGCACCAACAAAAUCAUCUCACAAUCGUAACAUCAACAAACCAAGUUGAUAUUUUUAUACAUAAAAAUUGAAAAGUUACCUGUUUAAAUUUGGAAAAACAGACCCACGAUAAGACUGCACGAUUCAGAGCAAAACCACCAUUUAUAGCACUCUUAGUAAGUCUCACUAAGAUUAUUCUCCUAACCCCCCCUGUCGAAACUCCAGUCAUGUAUAAACCUUACCAUCAACCAGAGGUUCUGCAAAGUCCAAACACGACCAAAAAGGUGCAACCAUGUAAUGCAAAA